AUGAGGUUCCUCCUGAUCAUUGCAAUUCUGCUGUUCCAGAAGCCCACAGUAACUGAACAACUUAAGAAAUGCUGGGAUCAAUAUAUACAAGGACACUGCAGGAAAAUAUGCAAAAUAACUGAAGUACGGGAAGUAUUAUGUGAAAAUGGGAGAUAUUGUUGCCUUAGUAUCGUGGAACUGGAAGCACGUAAAAGAAUUACACAGACACCUCGUCCAAAGCUAAUGACAUACGCACUAACCUUUCCUCAAGAUUACAAUCCAUAG